UAUGCAGUCAACGUUGAGAAUUUGUAACAUGCAGAACAGCAAGCCAAACGUUGCAGUUGGUUACCAUCGACAUAAUCCAGGUGCUCACGUCCUCAUCAGCCUCUCAGUUAUCAAUAUUUUCCUUUGGCUACUGUGCACCACAUUUUCAGCUAUGAUUUUGAUUCGAUUCAACUCACCCAAUUCACUGAUUCGGUUCGCUUCGCUCGAUCUCAUUAGUCCAGGAGUUUGGGGCUCACUUUUUUAUGGCCUGGGUGGCCUUCUGGGUAUCUGCGCCGCCUAUGAAAGAAGACAGCCCAUAUUAGUGGGAACUUUGGUGCUGGCCAUGUUAUCCAUCUUCAGUUCGUUGGGAAUUGCGGCCGUCAGUGGGGCCAUGGCCGUGUCACCUCGAUUCCGUUCUUAUAACAAUGCAAUAUGGCUAGGAUUGGAGUGGACCCUGCUCAUUUUGAGCAUUUUCGGUUUUAUUGUCAACUUGUCUGUCUUCGUGUCUGUUUCCGUACUCAUUUGCCGGCCCUGUUGUCCAAAUAAUAGGAAUCAUAAUUAUCAUCAACGGCAGCAACUUCCUCCUGCUCCAUUACCACCAAACUGUAACAACAAUAACAUUCAUAAUGGCAAUUAUGCAUGUGCUGCAGAGAUGGCAAACAUGACUUUGGUACCACCACCUCCACUGGGAUUUGUAAUUAACCCACCAGUUGCCUCACAGCAAAGGCAACUGCAGACAAGUCAACAUCAGCAAAGUUAUAAUUCUUCUCCAUUACCUCAUGGGAUCAUUGCCUCAGAAACGAAUUUUUGAGUUGCUUUGUACUUGAAAUUUAAGUCUUCAUUCUGGUGUCAUGCAAGUUUGAUUGCUUUUAGCUCCUCCUAGUCAUUUAAAAUGUCUCUUAUUAUUGCCAACAUGUGGCUUAUGC